GUUGAAAAGCAACUGUGGUUGAAAUACGUAACUAGAGCAAGAUCUAACCUUUACACCUUGCCAUGCUGCAAAUGUGUAAUGCGGAGAUCUACUUUCAGUAUAUUUAAGCAAACUCACCAAGGACUAGAAACUAUAAGACACAGCAUGUUUCUUUAAUUGGGGUUAAUCUGGUAUUGAAGCCAUGAAGUCAGAGGGUUUCCAUGCAAAAUAAAAAAAAAGUGUCAAGCCUUAGCUCUGCAAGCCCUAGAAGAGGCAGGAAGAGGCAAUCACGGAUGUGGGUUAGAUUAGACCUCGCUGCUGCACAAAAGAUCGGCACUGGAGGCAGAAUUGUCAGCAAUGAACCCAGAAGAGCAAGCGGUGACAUGGCUUAUUUCCUUAGGAGUUUUGAAUUCCCCCAAAAAGAUCAUCAGUGAUCCAGAGGGAUUCCUGAAAACUUCCCUGAAAGACGGGGUCGUGCUUUGCAAGUUGAUGAAUCGGCUGCUUCCAGGAUCUGUGGAAAAGUAUUGUCUGGAGCCCAAAAAUGAAGAGGAUUGCAUCGGAAACAUUCAGGAGUUCUUGAAAAGCUGUGCAGUCCUGAAAGUAGAGGUGUUUGAGGCACAUGAUCUGUAUGCGGGAGAGAAUUUCUCCAGGGUCCUGAAUACCUUAACAGCUGUAAACAAAGCCACAGAAGAUCGGCCACUGGCAGGGCCAUGCUCAGGUGCGUCCUCUCCUAGCUCGGCAGCCAGUAGCUCCCAGGCCAGCUUCAACGGAACAGCUUCGAGAAAGUCCAGGGUGUUGCGGAGGCAGUCCAAACCCGUGGAGAUGACUGAAAAUGGCAGUCACCAGUUGGUGGUAAAGGCCCGGUUCAAUUUUAAGCAGACCAAUGAAGAUGAGCUCUCGGUUAACAAAGGAGACAUCAUCUAUGUCACCAGAGUUGAAGAAGGGGGCUGGUGGGAAGGCACCUUGAAUGGCAAGACAGGCUGGUUCCCCAGUAACUACGUCAGAGAAAUCAAGUCCUCUGAUAAGCCCCUUUCUCCCAAAGCAUUAAAAGGACUAGAAAGCGCACAGCUCACAAAGAAUUAUUAUCCCGUGGUCUUGCAAAAUAUCCUGGAAACAGAACGAGACUAUGCUAAGGAGCUCCAGUCACUUCUUGGAACAUACUUGAGACCCCUCCAGUCCUAUGACAAGCUCAGUGCUGCAGAUACCGCAUCCUUACUGGGAAAUGUUGAGGAGAUCUGCACGUUUCAGCAAACACUGAAUCAAGCCUUGGAAGAAUGUGCAAAGCUUCCUGAAAACCAGCAGAGAGUGGGAGGCUGUUUUAUGCACUUGAUGCCACAGUUCAGAGCUCUGUACCUCACAUACUGUGCUAACCACCCUUCUGCUGUCAACGUCCUCACGCAACACAGCGAUGAACUGGAGAAGUUUAUGGAGAACCAGGGCGCACCCAACCCAGGGAUUCUGAUUUUGACCACAAGCCUCAGCAAGCCAUUUGUGAGGCUGGAUAAAUACGUUACCGUUCUCCAGGAGCUGGAACGGCACAUGGAGGAGGCGCAUCCAGAUCACGAAGAGGUUUUGAAAACAGUCACAUCCUUCAAGUCUCUUGUGUCACAAUGCCAGGAGCUGAGGAAGAGGAAACAGCUUGAAUUGCAGAUCCUUUCAGAAUCCAUUCAGGGCUGGGAAGGAGAGGAUAUAAAGACUAUGGGAAAUGUAAUCUAUAUGUCCCAUGUCAUGGUUCAGUGCGGGGGAAGCGAGGAGAAAGAAGAGCGGUAUUUCUUGUUGUUUUCAAAUGUUCUCCUAAUGUUAUCUGCAAGCCCUCGGAUGAGUGGGUUCAUUUAUCAGGGAAAACUGCCAUUAACAGGAAUGACACUCACAAAACUAGAAGAAUGCGAAGGGAAUGACCACGCCUUUGAAAUCACAGGGAACAUGAUCGAAAGAAUCGUGGUGUCCUGUAACAGCAGCCAGGAUUUGCACGAAUGGCUUGACCAUUUGCAAAGGGUGACCAAAGGGACAUGCAACACGAUAUCAAAAACACAGUCGUGGAGUGGUCAUUCGUCUUUUAGUUCCACUGGACAGAUUCGUGGCCCACUGGAACCACCCAAAAUUCUUAAACCCUGGACCUUAAGUUGCCUCCGACCUGCUCCUCCACUCAGGCCAUCAGCAGCUCUGAGUUACAAAGAGAGGAUGUCUUAUAUCUUAAAGGAUUCCAGCAAGAGUCCAAAGACAAUGAAGAAGUUUCUCCCAAAAAGGAAAACUGAGAGAAAAGCAUCUGAUGAGGAGUUUGUCAUCAGAAAGAGUACCGCUGCACUGGAAGAAGAUGCACAGAUUCUGAAAGUCAUUGAGGCAUACUGCACUGGUGCAGGCUUUCAGCAGACUCUCAGUUCAGGUUCCCGUAAGGACUCCAUCCCCCAGGUAUUACUUCCCGAGGAAGAGAAAAUUAUUGUGGAGGAAACAAGAAGCAAUGGUCAGACUGUCACCGAAGAAAAGAGCCUCGUAGACACUGUUUACGCACUGAAGGAUGAGGUCAAAGAGUUAAAGCAGGAAAACAAAAGGAUGAAACAGUGUUUGGAAGAAGAGCUGAAGUCCAGGAAAGAUUUAGAGAAGCUGGUUCGAAGGCUCCUGAAACAAGCAGAUGAAUGUGCCAGGGAAGAGGUGGGGCGCAAGUCAUCUAUCCUGGCCUGAACACUGAGCAAAACUGUCGGUGGUUUUUUGUGACCUCAGGUGUUCUUUGGAAGCAGAACUGGAUGCUUUGCCUCUUCUUGCUACUUAUUUUGGGGUAUUUUUGUUACGAAGAAAGGAGGCGGGAGCGAAAAACAGGUUGUUUUUUUUGUCCCAUUCAAUAAGGAAAUCAUACAUACCACAAACAAGUAAACAGUCAGAGCUAAAAUGGUCAGCAAGUGGUCUAUGAGACACAAGUCAUCUGCAGCAACUAAUACCUCAUUGCACCUGCUACUGGGAGUGAAUGCAAACUCUGUUAAUGAUUGCUAGUCCAAAGAGGGUUGGCAGUAGUUUCCUACUGAGGAAAUUCAAGCACUUUUUUAUGCUUUCAUUUUUAUUCUUUUUAAAGCACCCGGUACCUAAUUUAUUGAAUAGAAGGGUUACUGAGUUGGGUAAAAAUCAAAAAAGCUAUGAGCACUUCUGUUCUGAGAGUCAAAAAUGAAAGUUUUUCCCAUCCAAAUAUUUUCCCUCUAUUAGUUGUUUGUAGUGAACUCGAGCCCAGUAGUACUGUGGUUCCCGCGUGGCCUUUAUACAGAUUAAAAUGUGCAAUUAACAUUAUGACAUUUCUAAUUCAACUCCUUGGCACAGUACGAUCUGGAGUGUCUGUCAUCAGUGCAUUCAGAAGUUGCACUGGACAGUACUGCCUCCUAGCAGGCAACAGUUAACACAGGGGUUAUCCACUGUGUUGCCCAUACUCCUUUUUCUGAUGCAUGCCUUCUAAUUCUUUUGUCCUGUUACAUUUUUGCUUCCUUAGUGUCCAUGUAUUGUAAGUUCUGUAUUUUCCCAGUGCUUUUACCUUGCAGUGCAUGCCUCUCUGUAUGCAAUGCAGACUCUGCUUGACAAUGAUUUGCUUGAGGAUUUUUUUUACAUUAGGAAUAGUUCCUUCUCCUUAGUUAGAAAAGCAAGCAGUGGCCACAUAGACAAGAGCUUGGACAAGAGCUGGAAUGGUCACCCAUCUCCUUGCGUGAAAAAACAUCUAAAGUUCUUACAAAUAACUGUUACAGACGCAAGCUAAAUGCAGUGUAUUACACAGCAUAUGUGUACCAAAAGUCUAUGUCCUGCAUUUCCAUCUGGCUGUGGGUUACCUUACUCUUGUUACAUAUGCUCUUCCUUUUUCUUAGUCAUAUACCAUUUAAACUUUUUAACAGAGAGUCCGGACUAUGGUUACUCUUAUUAAUAUCAGGUGAUGGUGAGCUCCCAAGAUACGCAGAUGUAUCACGGACCACUAUGUAGCCAUGCUGUUAAGUUCUUCAUGCAAGAAAUAUCCCUGGCAAUAACUGUAAGUCCCCCUAUUGCCAUUAGAGUUCAGCCAGGGAGGGGUAGAUCAGGCGAGAGAGCUGGAUUCUGGGAACAUGGCAAAGCCUAUGCAAAUGGGAUUGUGUUUAAUUCUAGGUACAUGGACUUAGACCUUGCUUGCCCUGGCUAGCACUCUCUGUCUCUAUCCCAAGUCCGUGGUAGUAUGCAGUCUCCAGAGCUACCUGCUAAAUAGCCGUUCUCUGAAUUUGUGCACGGGGAGCAAAGCCCCACUUCAGCUGACCACUGGCCAUGGCAACCUGUCCAACACGCGCUUACUUACAAAGGGCAGAGAUUUGAAAUUUGGCAUGCGGCUGCAUGCCAUGGAGCUGGCGCAGCCAGUUUUCCAGCAUCGUCCCUCUACCAAGCCAGCGAUCUUGCGGGGAAGGCAAUAGUCUUACCUUUGUUCCUGCAGUAGCCGCACAGUGUAUGCUGUUUUGCUGGCAUGCAUGUAUGCAUAUGCCCAAGCAAUGUUUGGCUCGUGACAUGUAGCCAGUAAAAGAAAUAAAUGUCAGCAAUUUAUAGUCCUGCACCAAGGAUAGAAGUAUAUCCAUCAGGUUAGCGAGUUGAUUUGAAACCCAUGCUGUGUACAUAUGCAUGUUUAUAAGACUUUUAAUACAAUGGGAGACACGCUGGUACAUUUUGGAACAGGCACAUGUACGGAGCGUUACAAGCCAAAAAGAAGUCAAUGAAUAAAGGAAAAGAAGCCAUGUCAAACUGAUAGCAGUGUUUCCAUAUUUACUUUGUUUACAAUACUCUGUAAAUAUGUUCCAAUUUUGUCUGUUGUUAGCUGGAUGCUCUGUGUCCGCUGCCUUCCAGUUUAUCUUUUGUCAUGUUGGUUUAUUUACUGUUCCUACUUAUGCAAGUUCAAUUUUUCUAACAUGUUUUUAUUUUGAACAGUUUUUUAAGUGACAUUUUCAACAAAUAAAGGAAGAUGAAAAUUGCUUCUUAGCUACA